GACCUCUGAACUUUCAACAAUUUGAAAACUUUCUUCGCUACCGGUGUACGUAAGCCUGAAUUUGUCUGUAAAAACGCAUUUAAUCGCUGGACGAUCGUUUUGUUCUGUGACCGGUGAGAUACAGCUAUGAGCGGAGAAGGGCAGGGGGAAGAGAAGGGCUUGUACGGCGGAGCGAUGUGCGCGUUUCUGCCGCCGGACGCGAAAGAUGUUAGCUUACUACGGGACAUCCCAGACAACCAGGAGGUUUUCAGCCACGCCUGCACAGACCAGAGCUUCAUCAUCGAGAUUGUAGAGUUCCAGCAAGUCCCAGAUCAACAGGCUGCAAAGUACCAUUUUGAAGACAUUGCUUCCAGUAAUGAGGCUGUUGGACCAGACCACUGCCAGGUAGAGUGUGUAGAACAGAUCCCUCUGGACCAGACAGGCAUGCAUCAAUGCAGCACGGCCUGGCUGCUAUCAGGAAAACAACAGGUGGCAAAGUUCAAUGAAGGAGUGGAAGCCAGGAACUGUGUGAAUAUCUAUCUUGCCCUGUUCAGACUACCCCAGCAUGGCACUGACAUACUGGUCACCUUUAAUGACCCUACACAAAUUAGCCCAUUGAGCAGUAGUGCCCAGCAGCAGUCUGGAGUGGACAGUGACUGGACUCUGGACCAGUUCAAGGCAGUUCUACAGACACUCAGGAUAGUCGAUGAAGGCCUGUUUGCUUAAAUAGACAAUCUGGUGUGGCCUUCACUUCACUCAGUCCAGUAGCACGCCAGCCUUAUGGGCAGUCAGACAGUUCACUAGAUUUAUCCAUCUUUGGCAGUCCUCAGCCAUUUUGGCCUUCUGACCACUCUAUGAUAUCGUGUGGCCUAGUCUUCUAAAUAAGUCAUGUAUAGAUACGGGACAGAUAUCAUUAGAUAGCUUUAAACAAUGUUUAGAGUUAGAUGUUCAAGGUUUAGGUGUAACAAGUCGUUUGGUGUAAUGUAGCCAGCUGCCGCCGCACUGUGUGCCUGCGAAGCUGGUGUGUUACGCCGAAGGGCAGUUAUACCGGCUAUAUAUAUAUAGAUACAGACAGCCCUAUGUUCUGACACUCGUAUAUUCCAACAUCUGUACGUUCUGACAUAGGGUUGGGAUUAGUGUGUUACACAAUGCCUGAUACAGUCAUUGCAUUGACUGAUUCGGCCUCUGCCUCGAAAAUUCAUACUCUUCUACUUAGUAAGUAGAGAGAACCAUGAUACCGUGCAUGCAGAAAUUAACAGGAUUAAGAUGGUCAGAAUUCUCCUGACAUAUAGGUGUUGGCCAUGAAGCUUCUAGGGGCCUGACUAUAUCUUAGGCUUUGUAAGCCUUCCCAAUUCAUCAGUGAUGUUGUUCUAUGCAAUAGUUUUAAGUUAUAAGUAUACAUAGUACAUGGUAUCAUAAAGAAUCCUGUCAAAGUGUGAAGUGUUUAUAUUAUAUGUUUGUCUGCAAGUUGCCAAUGAAGUUUUAGGAGUUAAAACCACAAUGUAAUAUAUUUUUUUGGAAGCAGUUUGGUUUUUAAAGGAUAAGUUAUAUCUUAACCUGGAAAGAAUAAUUACAGACUGAUGAGUUUUGUGCCAAUUUGUGGUCUCCCUUGAUAAUUCUUUAUU